AUGACGGAUGUUAAUAGCCGUUUCCAGAGGCUUUUCGACGAAUGGCGCUCGUUGAGGGACGAACUUAAACAAAUGGAGGGUCCUCAUGCAUCGUACUUGGUAAAAUUACGGGAAGUUUCGAGCUUACAAGAAGAAUGUCAAAAAGCUGUGAAACAUGGAUUUUAUCGAUUGUCCAUAAUAAAAAGUUUUUUGAAAAGAUCUCUGAAAUUACGUUUUUUUUUUUUUUUCACUUACAGCCUGAAAGGAAAGGAGCAACCUGAACACGAGGAAACUUUGAAAGAAUUGAUAGAAAGCGUAGGAGAGAUGGAUCGAAGAUUACGAGAUAUGAAAGGCGAGCUACCAGUACAAGAUAACGGAUUGUAUUUAUCGAUAAUUCUUGGCAGUAAUCUCAAUGUAUCGUUGAUGAACAAAAAUGAUCGUUAUCGUUACAAGCAAGAAUACGAGAAAUUCAAAGUGACUGUGAACUGUACAUUACUUUUCCUAAUUUUUUUCGCUUACAUCUUCCCAUUCAGAUUGUAUUUAUCGAUAAUUCUUGGCAGUAAUCUCAAUGUAUCGUUGAUGAACAAAAAUGAUCGUUAUCGUUACAAGCAAGAAUACGAGAAAUUCAAAGUGACUGUGAACUGUACAUUACUUUUCCUAAUUUUUUUCGCUUACAUCUUCCCAUUCAGAAUGGAUUAG